AUGUUUAAAAGAGCGAAUCCAAUAAAAAAGAGCCUUUGCGCCAACAGAAAAAAAGAGCCACUUUUGGCGUUAAAACGUUCAGUGUGGCAGCAGUCGCCUUUGAGCAAGGUGGCAACAUUGCACUGUAGUUGCAUAAAUAGUUUGAUUAAAAUAGUAAAUAAAAAUGUCAUUAACAAUAUUGCAAAAGCUUUCUCUGAAUGCCUUAAGGCGGAUCAACCGCUCUUGACAACAAUUCGAAAUGCAAGCAAGAAAACCGGCGGCAGCACGAGGAACAAGAAGGGACAUCCGCGUCCAAAGCACCGUGGAUGGCGUGUGCUCGACGGUCACUACGUUUCCCAUGGCACCAUUCUGGCCACGCAACUGACGACCCGCUUCCAUCCCGGCUUAAAUGUUGGCUUUGGACGCAAUGGCACGCUGUUUGCCAUGGAGCAUGGCAAGGUUAUUGUCAGCUGCGAGCCCCUCGAUCCCAACUGGGAGCACACUUGGGUUCAGCGCAAUUACGCCGGACGACAGGAUCAGACAAUUUACAAGAAAUUCUUCAAUGUUAUUCCUGAGAAACAGCAUCAACGUUUUCGCCUUGUCGAGGAAAUUUAAUUCGUUACAAUUAAAAUAAGUGAAAUACAUAAUUGUUUUAAAUUU